UCUGGUUCUGCGAAGAUCCUGUUCGUCUCACAGUGUCUCUGUGGGACCUGCAGCCGCCUCCCUUCCUUCCCCUCUGGGUGGCCCACUCAGCCUAGGGCCACUGCUUCCUUCUUGGGCCAUUUCCUCCUGGCCACUUCCUCUUCCCUCUCGGGCUGGCAGCCUCCACCUUGCUGGCCUUGGGCCGGUGGCUUCUUCCCUCUUGGCCUCUGUCUGGUCAUAGUCUUGCUCUGGUUUCUGGCUUUUACCAGGGGGGGUGGGAUCGUAUCCUCAGGCCCUGCCCCUUCCUGACCUUCCUGGGGUGCCCUUGUGGGUGACCACAUUGGGGCAGCCGCAGGAUGCUCUGUGGGACAUGGUGGAGAGGACCCGUGUCCUUGGGCAGCGUGGUACUGGUCACUCGCCCCUCGCAGGCCGUGCUGCACAUCCACUCGCUCCUGGCCCUAAGGCCACGGGUCUGGGUGACUGUGAGCACAGGAUGGAGAGUCUUGAGGACCUGCCUGCCCGCCCCGAUGUUCACGCGGAGCGACUUCAGCGUGUGGAGCAUCCUGAAGAAGUGCAUCGGCCUGGAGCUGUCGAAGAUCACCAUGCCAGUCGCCUUCAACGAGCCGCUGAGCUUUCUGCAGCGCAUCACUGAGUACAUGGAACACGUGUUCCUGGUGCAGCGUGCCUCCAGCCAGGCCCAGCCCCUGGACAGGAUGCAGUCUGUGGCUGCGUUUGCCGUGUCCGCCGUGGCGUCCCAGUGGGAGAGAACGGGCAAACCCUUCAACCCGCUCUUGGGAGAAACGUAUGAGCUCGUCAGGGAGGACCUCGGAUUCAGGUUUAUAUCUGAGCAGGUCAGCCACCACCCCCCUGUCAGCGCCUUCUACUCGGAAGGUCUCCACAAGGACUUUGUGUUUCAUGGCUCCAUCUACCCAAAGCUGCGGUUCUGGGGGAAGAGCGUGGAGGCUGAACCCCGUGGGACAAUCACGCUGGAGCUCCUCAAACAUAAGGAAGCCUACACCUGGACCAACCCCACCUGCUGUGUGCACAACGUCAUCAUUGGCAAGCUGUGGAUCGAGCAGUACGGGACAGUGGAGAUCUUAAACCACAGAACAGGGGAUAAAUGCGUGCUGCACUUCAGGCCCUGUGGGCUAUUUGGGAAGGAGCUUCACAAAGUGGAAGGGCACAUCCAGGACAAGAACAAAAAGAAGCUCUUUGUGAUCUACGGCAAGUGGACCGAGUGUCUGUGGGGCAUCGACGUGGCCUCGUACGAGUCUUUCCGGAAGCAGGAGCGCAAAGGCGACCCCGUGAGGAAGGGCAGGCUGGGUGACGGCCCCGGGAAGGCUGACAGCGACGGGGACGACGUACCUGUGGUCCAGGAGACGGUGCAGGUCAUCCCUGGCAGCACACUGCUCUGGAGGGUCAACGCGCGGCCUCCCAACUCUGCCCAGAUGUACAACUUCACCAGCUUCACCGUGAGCCUCAAUGAGCUGCGGACUGGCAUGGAGAAGGCCCUGCCCCCCACAGACUGCCGCCUGCGCCCUGACAUUCGCGGCAUGGAGAAUGGCAACAUGGAUCUGGCCAGCCAAGAGAAGGAGAGGCUGGAAGAGAAGCAGAGAGAGGCCCGGAGGAAGCGUGCCAAGGAGGACGCCGAGUGGCGGACAAGGAUGACAACCUCAGGUGCGCUGUUCCCGAGCCUGGUGCCCGGUGCCCGGGGCUCCUCCACCAAGUAUCUGGUGGAGUUCCGAGCAGGCAAGAUGUCGCUCAAGGGGACCACAGUGACCCCGGACAAGCGCAAGGGGCUCGUGUACAUCCAGCAGACGGACGACUCCCUCAUCCACUUUUGCUGGAAGGACCGCGCCUCCGGCAGCGUGGAGGACGAUCUCAUCAUCUUCCCCGACGACUGCGAGUUCAAGAGGGUGCCGCAGUGCCCCAGCGGCCGCGUCUACGUGCUCAAGUUCAAGGCUGGCGCCAAGCGCCUCUUCUUCUGGAUGCAGGAGCCCAAGACGGACCAGGACGAGGAGCACUGCCGCAAAGUGAACGAAUGCCUUAACAACCCCCCGCUGCCCGGGGCGCUGGGCGCGAGCGGGGGCAGCGGGCACGAGCUCUCGGCGCUGGGCGGAGAGGGCGGCCUGCAGAGCCUCCUGGGGAACAUGAGCCACAGCCAGCUCAUGCAGCUCAUUGGCCCUGCCGGCCUCGGGGGCCUAGGGGGCCUGGGGGCGCUGACGGGGCCAGGCUUGGCCAGCUUACUGGGGAGCGGGGGACCUCCGGCCAGCAGCUCCUCAUCCAGCUCCCGGAGCCAGUCAGCAGCGGCCACCCCGUCAUCUGCCACCUCUUCUGCCCGCGCCACCCCAGCCCCGACAGCACCAGCCGUGGCAGCAGCAGUGCCAAGCCCGAGCCCGGCCCCCAGCUCUGGGAACGGGGCCAGCACGGCCACCAGCCCCGCGCAGCCCAUCCAGCUGAGUGACUUGCAGAGUAUCCUGGCCACCAUGAGCGUGCCCGCUGCACCUGGGGGUGGCCAACAAGUGGACCUGGCCAGUGUGCUGACGCCAGAGGUCAUGGCACCCAUCUUGGCCAACGCGGACGUCCAGGAGCGCCUGCUGCCCUACCUGCCCUCGGGGGAGUCGCUGCCACGGACGGCAGACGAGAUCCAGAACACGCUGACCUCCCCGCAGUUCCAGCAGGCUCUGGGCAUGUUCAGUGCAGCCUUGGCCUCAGGCCAGCUGGGCCCCCUCAUGUGCCAGUUUGGGCUGCCCGCGGAGGCUGUGGAGGCUGCCAACAAGGGCGAUGUGGAAGCAUUCGCCAAAGCAAUGCAGAACAGUGCCAAGCCGGAGCCCAAGGAGGGCGAUGCAAAGGACAAGAAAGACGAGGAGGAGGACAUGAGCCUAGACUAAGUUAUAGCGCCCCCUAGCCGCGUGACUCAGUAGUGGUGUUGUGACUUGGUGCAGCCCCCCUUUAAUAAAUAAAGCCUUUUCUUCUAUCUGC